UUUUCGGGGAUUAAUCUCUAUUUAAUUUCAGUUGAAGAACACAUGGAACCUCUUUUAUAUACUCUACUUGUGUUUGGCUAUUGGUGAAUGUCCGUUAAUUUUGGGUGUAUUUUCAGCUAGCUAGGGCUGCAUUGUGGCAAAAGUUUUUUGUUUACGGAUUCUGAUUGAUGUAUUUGAUUUUUCUAGCUUCGUCUUACUUUCAAUGUAGAUCGAAUGAGUUUAUGAAGAAAUGUAGCGUUUUGAUCAAUCUCAGUGAUUGAAAAAUAGGGAUUUGAGGUUUGCAGGUUAAGGUUUGUUUUGUCUUGCAAAAUGAAAAGCACCAUGUUGCUAUGUAGCUUGCAGAAUUGUUAAUUUCAUUUGAAGGUUAGGGGAAAUGUAAAAUGUUGGAUCAAUUGAAAUGGAUAUCUUGUUCACAUAUUGGAACUUGGAAGUAAGUAUGAGAUGACAAUUUGGAAUUCACGAAUGCUCACUUUAUUUUCCAAUUUUUGUUUGGGCAUUGGGAUGGUAUAAGAAGCAUGGGGACGAAAAUGAAAUUAUUAUAUGAUAUGGUUCGGGUACUUAAACUACAUUGAUUUUUAAAAAAUGAAGAUUCAAUUAAUCAAAAAUACAGCUUUAUUUCUGUUUAACAUGUAUAAAAUCCAUAGUUAAUUAAGAAAAUAUGCGCUCAUAAUACAUGAUAAUAUUAAGCAAAUAGUGUCUAGGGUUUAGAUGCUAUCAGCGUGCAGAGAAGGAAGUGGAUGGCAGCGGCGAGAGAAGAUGACAGAAGAAGAGAGUUUAGGAUUGAGAGGGUGGUUUUGUAUGAAUGUGUGAAUGGAAAGCAGGGGCUGCAGUUUUCUGAAUAAUUAGAGUUCCAGCAUUAUUCUUGGAUGUAUUUUUCUUUGUCCCGGGGUCGUCCCUGGAAUGAGAUGGAUAGCACCAUGGAUGCGUCAGGAGAACCAAUCCCAACAUCGUCGGUGUUGAUGGCAGCUGCGAAGCAUAUAGGGACUAGGUGCCGUGGUGAGAACAUAGCAUUUUUGAAGUGCAAGAAGGAUGAUCCCAACCCUGAGAAAUGCCUUGAUAAAGGACGUCAAGUGACUGAAUGCGUGCUUCACCUGCUGAGAGAUCUCCACCAGAACUGCAGCAAGGAAAUGGAUGCUUAUGCCGGAUGCAUGUAUUACCACACAAACGAAUUCGAACUUUGUCGCAAGGAGCAGCAGGCGUUUGAGAAAGCAUGCCCCUUCUGAUAACCAGCAAGAACCUCCAUCCUGUGAGUUUGUGAUAAUAAAAUCGCCCUGCGGAUUAUCUGUCAAAUGUACUUUAGAUCGAUCUUUUUCCCUUCUAUAUGGUGUUAGACAACUCUUUCUUAUACCGUGGAAUGCCAUGCUCGGGGAAAUCUUUUCGCCUUUAUCUUCGUGUUCAACUUUAUGUGCCCUAUUUCAUUGCUAUUAUUCUCAUAUAGUACCGUUUUGGGUAUGAAAGAUAUAAACUCUGUUCAACUUGCUUGUAUUAGUUGCUCAAAUUUUCAAUUAUAUAUCAAUAUUGAGGAUCUGUGGUUUAUUGAAUUA